AUGGCUGCUCAGAAGAAGAAGUUGAUGCCAAAGUCGGCAGUCCUAGUGAAAAAAUACAAAAGAGGCAUCAGACUGUCUUUUACGGCGCUCGUCGUUGCUCUUACUCUUCUGUUUGUGUUCCACACUCCGUCGCAUGCCGGUAAUGGCCUGAGAAGAAACAAUGGCGAGUAUCUGAUGCCAUUCACCGACAUCUCCCAGGGAGUGCACCACCCAAAGGAUGAUGGCAAGCGGGAAAAGGCCGUCAUGGUGACCCUGGCAAGAAAUAGUGACCUCUGGAGUUUAGUGCUGUCGAUCAGACACGUCGAAGACCGUUUCAACCAUAGAUACAAUUACGAUUGGGUGUUCCUGAAUGAUGAAGAGUUCACCGACGAGUUCAAGAGGAUCACUACUGCUCUUGUCUCUGGCAAAGCCAAGUACGGGUUGAUUCCUGAGGAGCAUUGGUCUGUUCCUUCAUGGAUCGAUGAGCAAAAGUUCGAGGCUUCCAGGCAGAAGAUGGUUGAGGACAACGUCAUCUACGGCGGUUCCGUUCCUUACAGACAUAUGUGCCGUUUUAACUCUGGUUUCUUCUACCGGCACGAGCUUUUACAGGAGUACGAGUGGUACUGGAGGGUGGACACUGAUAUAACAGUCUUUUGCGACAUACAGUAUGAUAUUUUCAAGUUCUUGCGAGAGAACAACAAGAAAUACGGGUUCAUUCUCUCCGUUUCUGAGUACGAAGCCACCAUCCCAACCCUGUGGGCUACCACCAAGGAUUUCAUGAAAGAAUAUCCGCAAUAUGUACACAAGAACAACCUAAUGAAGUUUAUUUCCAACGAUGGUGGUGAAACCUACAAUAUGUGUCACUUCUGGUCGAAUUUCGAAGUCGGCUCGCUCGAGUUCUGGAGAUCUCCUGCUUACUCCAAAUUUUUUGACUAUCUGGAUCGACGUGGUGGAUUCUUUUACGAGAGAUGGGGCGACGCUCCAGUCCAUUCCAUUGCAGCUUCAUUGCUUUUGGAUAAAUCAGAGAUUCACUUUUUCGAUGGCCUGGGAUUCCACCAUCCUGACUUUACUUCCUGUCCAACAGAGGAGAAGAUCAGGUUACAGAAUAAAUGUGUUUGCAACCCAGAGAAGGACUUGACUUGGCUUGAUUACUACUUCUGCACCAGGAAAUUCUUCAGCGCUGCCGGGUACUCAAUGCCAAAAGACAUAUAG